GGAUCAUUAAUGAAACGCUUGAACGGUUUCUGUGGCUGUUCAUGAUAAAUCUGGCUGCUCUCCUUUGGACCGAUUCAAGUGGCCAGCUAGCAGUGUCUGAACUGCUUCAGGGUGUCGUGAGGUGGAGCAACUGAGAUGGACACUAUGGCAGAUACAUCAGAGCUUUCGGAAAUGUUGUCUCAGCUUAAGUUAGCGAGAAUGUCCGAGUUAUCUCAAAAGGACAUCUACGUAUUAGACCUAGCUGUGCAACACAGUGAUUCCUCUGAAAAACUUUUGGCUGCAACCAGUAGUAACCAUACCAUCCGACUGUUUAACUACGGUAGCGGUACAUUGAAGGGUACACAGCAUGUCACUGCACACACAGACGUGAUAUCUGGGAUACAGUUUGGGAAGAGUGAGCACAACCUCCUGUUCACCUCCUCCUUUGAUAAGACAAUCAAAUGCUGGGACACUAGGACCAAUAUGAAGAAUCCAGUACAGACUCUUGAAGGCUAUGAUGAAACCAACAAUAUUUUCACCAGUUUUGACGUCAACUCUAACGAUCGUGUUGUGUGUGCUGGCACUGAGCCUAGGAACAAGAAUUCUGAAACUCACAUUAUCUUUUGGGACAGGAGGCAGGGAAGUCUGAUGGGGGCCUACAACGAGUCUCACCAGGACGACAUUACACAGGUGUGUUUCCACCCUGAGGAUCCUGACUGUGUGGCGACUGGAUCUACAGAUGGUCUCGUGUGUGUUUUUGACCUCGGUCAGGCUACAGAGGAUGAUGCCCUGAAACUGACCCUCAACUCUGAGUCGUCUGUGGCGAAGAUCGGUUGGUGUGGGGAACGGAGAAAGGACUUGUUCUGUUUAACACACAUUGACACUAUGAAUGUGUGGGACACACAGAACGAUGGUGAAGAUGUGAUGGAGCUUAAGGAUUUGAAAGAAACGUUAAAGGGAGAUGACUCCAUAGACUACCUCGUGGAUUGUUUUGAUGUCAAUAACAGACUCUUGCUAACGACAGGCACACACAGUGGUGAUAUCAGGCUCGUGGAUGUAUCAGGUGAUGCACCGUCUGUGGUGACAACGUUGUCAAAGGGACAUAACUCUACUGUCCGGGUCACAUACUGGGACAGCAAGACCAGUAGUCUUGUGACUGGAGGGGAAGACUCGUUUCUGUGUCUCUGGUCAAAGGACGGACAACUCCACACACCCCACGGGACAGUCAGUGUCGCAGAAAGUCGGACCACACCCUCUCAUGGAAAGAUCAAGUCGAAGAUGAAGUCUGGAUCACAUAAAAAGUCGAGGCCUUAUUGAUUUUACUUUUUAAUAUAAAGACUGUUUUUAUAAAGGU